CUCCGGAUAUGGGCUUAUGGCUGUUUCGAGCAAACGGGACAGGUGAUGGGGCGAGCUGAGGCGGUUUAUAAGUCUGAGUCCUGGCCUCCUGGGUGUUGUCCCUAAAUUUAAGAUUGGUUUUUCUUGAUUGAACUUUAUCCUGUUAAGCAAAUAUGUAUUCCCCGUUGAUUCUCGCAGCAUGCCUCCCAGCAGUGCUCGGGUUCGCUGUACCCUCUCCGCCAAACUUCACUUUCGAAGACCUCUGGUCAAUGCAGCACAACUUCCUUGACAGUUUUCUCUACCCAGCCAACACAAAGCAGAUCAACGCGACAGACAACUCUGUCUUUGCCGAAAAUGUCCAAGGCCGCGUUGACAUAACCGGCACCUUUGACGGCCGCGAGCUCAACAACGAGUACGUCUUCGGCAUCUUCUCGCAGCCCGAGCGGUUCGGGCUCUUCGGCGCGCCCCUCAACUACAGCGUCACGCAGUUCGUGGGCAACCAGAACAUCGCAGCCUCAACAGCAGUCAUAACCUUCAACAUGACCUCUUUCGGCGGCGUCAUCUACCCCGUCACACUCGACACAUGGUUCGCGUUCGACCCGGACCGUAAGAUCAUCCAGUACGACGCCACGUUCCGAUGGUUCGACUACUUCUUCCAGACGCUCGUCGAAGACGCAGGUAGGAUGCUCCACAUAUCAGACCCGGAGCAGAUCCAAGCCAAGAUCGCGGAUAUGCUCGCGCAGAAGAUCUGCAAGACACACGAGGACAGCUGCUUGGGCGAGAACAAGCAGUACGGCAGCCAUGAGGAGUGCUUCAAUUUCCUGACUAAGGAGAUCCGCUUUGGCAAGCCGUAUGAGCUGCGCCGGAAUACGCUGUUCUGUCGUGAGGUCCAUGAGCAUAUGGUUUCUUUCCGGCCUACGGAGCAUUGUCCGCAUAUUGGCCCUGGUGGGGGUGGGUAUUGUGUGGAUGAUAUGGAUUAUACUCAGACUGUUGAGCAGAGGUAUUUCCGGCAGUCGUGGGUGCCGUAUGAGCGUGCGGAGGGCAAUAUGUGGCAGGCCGAAUGAUUUGAUUCAUUUUUUUCUUGUGAAUCUUAUGGCUUGCUGUGGUGUCACUUUUUGUUAGGGUUAGUGACAGGAUAUAGUGGGCUUAAUUUUGUCCUUGCUGUCGCUAAUGUGAUCU